AUGACCAUCAAGGCUCGCCACCGACAAAUGCUUUCCGAUUUUUCAGAGAUGAUUGAUCUCGUGUUUGAAUGCCACAAAAAAGGAUCCUCUCUCACGUUAGAAAUUAUUGAAACAAAGGAAUCAAAUGCUCAAAAUUUUUUGAAAUUGAAACGAUCGAACAAGUCGGGAAAGAAUGAAACGAAAUAUAAAUUAAUUUUGCAAGUGGAUCAGAGCAUGAUGGAAAGUAUUCCAUUUCUCCCUCUCCUAUUUAUGAUUGAGUUACCUCAAAAGCUGCAUGGCAUGUCUCUUUCUAAAAUUACUGAGAAAAUAUUUUGCCCAUUUUCUGAACGUCUCUCCGUGUUGGAUGGCAGAAAUUUGGACUAUAUCAUGAUGAAUCCAGAAACAUACUUGAUCGAAGAACCAUCGUUGCAUUUGAGGAGUGUAUGUGACGAUGCCAUUUACAAAAUGAAAGACAAAUCAGCGCAGUAUGCUCCUGAGGUCGUAAUACAUCAUAGGGAACACUUCUUAUUGAAAGAAUUUGGUUUUAAUCACUCUCGAUUUUAUGAAUAUGGAGUUUCCCUGAACGAGAGUAAUGAUUACAUUUACACAGAUAACACAGAUCCAAAUGGUUGCUCAUUCUUGAAUGCAACAUAUGUUAUUCCUGAUAGAUAUCGUUAUUUAAGACUUGUCUUUGAGGAAUGCGUCGAAAUUAAUUUACCCUAUGUAAACGAACGUGACAGCAAACGUGGACAUUUUAAAUCCUAUAUUUAUGUGCGAGGAAAUGUUCGAGAGCUCGAAGAGAGCAAGACUGGACAAACAGCUACUUCAAAUAUUGGUAUUCAACAUUUGUCCACUUGGAAACGAUUAUUUAUUUUAAGCCAGCCUCGUGGAUGGAUUAAUCAUUUUAAAUUUUAA